GUCGGGGAAAUGUCAGCUGUGCAUGGUAACAUAACCUCACUAAAGUUCCUUUUGCCACGGAAUCACGGUUCUUCUAAUAAAUACAGCACUAUUUUUGUGAAGUAAUAAUGGAAAAACUUGAAAAAGAAGAAAUCACUCAGGCUCUCAUUGUAGCGGACAAUUUCACGGACAAUUUUGCACCAUUCACAGAUAGCAAACCUUUGGCCCUCAUGCCCAUUGUUAAUGUUCCUUUCCUGGACUAUGCCAUUGAGUUUCUCAACUUCAGUCGCAUUGAGGAGACGUUUAUUGUGGUUAGCAAUGGGAUUGACCAGGUCCGGAGCCAUAUAGAGCAGACACUGAAGGAGUAUUAUAUUUGGUCAGUGAAGAUGACAAUUACAGUUAUUGGCUCUGAGGGAAGUCAUUCAGUGGGCGAUGUCCUAAGAGAUAUUGAUGCAAAAGGCUUGAUCCGGGGGCACUUUAUUCUCAUGACUGCAGACACCAUAUCCAAUGCAAAUAUGAUCCCAUUAUUGGAGAAGCACAAGCAAAAUGUAAAGUUUGACAAAGGAGCCUGCAUGACAGUGCUGUAUAUGGAACUGCCCCCAAAUAUGUGCACAGGAGAUGAGGUAACUGUGGCUGUGGAUCGUUUCAACAAUCGCCUACUAACGCAUCAACGCCAGAGUACUCAGCGUGAGCGGAAAUUCUCCUUUGGUCUCGAAUACUUUCGUUUACCGUCAUCGGCUGAGAUUCGACAUGACUACGGAGAUCCACAGAUAGCGAUUUGUUCUCCUACUGUCCUACCUCUCUUUGCGGACAAUUUUGAUUUUGAGACUCGGGAUGAUUUUAUUCGUGGACUCCUGAUAAACGAGGAAAUUCUCGACAGUCGGAUCUACGUAGCUGAACUUCCGGCAGGAGAGUAUGCCAUGAAGGUGAGUAACUGGCAGAAGUAUAAAAUGGUCAGCAAUGAUAUUAUACAUCGUUGGACGCAUCCAUUAUCCCCGGAUAUGGGAAUCGGCCUUAUGAAGUUGCAGUAUAACAUCUCGAAGAACCUAGUUUACAAGAACAAAAGUGUUCAGCUGGCAAGGAGUAGUGUCCUCAAAGGCAGCCUUGUGAUCCACGAAGGUAGUUUAGUGGGUGAAAAAUCCUGGAUUUCUCAUUCGGUUGUUGGGAAAUGCUGCAGAAUUGGGAAUAAUUGCCGAAUCAGUAAUUCCUUCAUCUUCGAUGACGUCACAAUUGAGGACAACUGCCAGUUGGAUCACUGUGUCUUGGGUCAGGGUGUUGUUAUCAAGAAAAAUUCCACAGUAUCUGGAGGCUCAGUUUGUGGAGAAAAAGUCACAAUUCCUGAGAAAUCUUCAAUUGAAAAGUUAACCGUUCAGUCUACUCCUUCAGAAUUUUUCGAAUCAACGCAAAAACUCGGUGAUUCAGCGUACAUUGUUCCCGAAGGAGAGGAAGAAGCUGGAGAUUCCGAUGAGGAAGACAGGGACAUCACCCAGAUAAAAAUUAAACGAAUGACUCCAGCAGAUCCAGCCGAUCAUGAGAGUGACUACAGUUCUAGUAGUGAUGAAGAUGAAUCUCACAGAGCUUCACCAGUUCCUGAAGAUGCCAAUAUCUUCUUAUCUGAAGUAAUUGACUCCCUAAAAAGGGGCUUUGAGGACAAAUCCAAUCCGGAAUUUCUGGUUUUGGAAAUCAAUUCAUCACGCUAUGCCUACAACAUGUCCCUGUCUGAAGUCAAUUUUUACGUCGUUCAGGCUAUUUUCCACCUCUCGCCACUUGCAGAGGCUACAGGAAAUGUCUUGGCAGCUUUGAAGCAGAUCUACGGACAUUUAGGACCAGUUCUUAAGAACUAUAUUAAGGGUGAGGCAGCUAUGGAAGACUGCCUAAAAGCUAUUCAGGAUCUUUGUCAGGAGAAAGACAAUCUUAAGGCUAGAGUAUCACAAAUUGUUCACUUCUUCUACAACGUUGAUCUUCUCAGUGAAGAAGCUAUAGUAUCGUGGUAUAAUGACCUCGGUGAGGACAGUAAGUGGCUCAAGGAAGGACUUAAGAAACUUAUCGUCUGGUUCGAAGAGGCCAGCAGUGAUGAAAGUAGCGAGUAAAAUGUAUUUUUUUGUAAGGAAAUAUACAAAAAAAAAAAACAAA